ACAAUUGAGCAUCACAUGGCAGUCUUAUGUCUAGCAAAUGCAUGUGCUGACAAUCAGAUCUCUCCUACACAAGUGAAACAAAAUAACCUUAAUUUAGGAUUCUGCACACGUCAGAGUUGAGAGGGAGGGGUUUGGGGUCUGUUGCUGCUGAUGCUGUGGUGUGGAUAUUGCGUUUAUCUUUCUUCUAGUCAUCGCCGCCUUCACUUCGUACCUGUCAACACCGGCGGCAUUCGCGCCCUAGAUGGCUGCACUUGGCAGUCCUUUGUGAGAUUAUUUUCCCGAGGAUUUUUGACCUAUAAGUAAACCAUGACUGACCCAACGACACAAGAUUCCUUUCCCGUCCCGGAUCCCACAAUCGUGGAUCCUUCAGCUGUAAGAAACGGCGGAUGCGCUCCGGAGGCGAACCUAUCCAAAAGACCGAGUCAGGGCGAUCCUUUCAGUAUGGACCGGGACCAAGAGAUGAAAAUCACGGACAGUGUUGAGGGACAAGGUAGCCUGCUGGAAAGCAGCAUGCGACUAAAGCCCCACGAGGCUCAAAACUACAGGAAGAAGGCAUUGUGGGUGUCUUGGAUCUCCAUCGUGGUGACACUCAUCCUGGCAGUGGCAGCGUUCACUGUUUCAUUCAUGAGACACAGCGCAUCAGCAUUUGGAUUUGCAUUUGACGCCACGUUGGACGUGCUAUCUUCAAUUAUCGUGCUGUGGCGCUAUAGCAAUGCCGCAGCUGUCCACUCCGCCCAUAGGGAGUACAUAGCGUGCGUGGUCCUUGGGGUGGUCUUCAUCUUGUCCUCCCUGUGUAUUCUAGGAAAAGCAAUCCAUGACCUGGCCACCAAGCUGCUUCCAGAAGUGGAUGACUUCCUCUUCAGUGUGUCUAUUGUCAGUGGGAUUGUAUGUAUCAUCCUGGCCGUGUUCAAGUUCCUGCUGGGGAGAGUGCUGACCAGUAGAGCCCUCAUCACUGACGCUUUUAACUCCAUGGUGGGGGGCAUCAUGGGUUUCUCCAUCCUCAUCAGUGCUGAGGUGUUCAGACACCACCCUGACGUCUGGUACCUGGACGGAUCCAUCGGCGUCAUCAUCGGACUCAUCAUCCUCGCUUACGGUGUCAAACUGCUGCUGGACAUGGUACCCCGUGUGAGACAGACCAGGAACUACGAACGCUUUGAGUGAACGCUCCUAGGACCAGGGUUACACCUGAUGCACCCCCUUCCCCUCCCCCUCCCCGCCCCUCCUCUCUUUCUCUCUCACACACACACACACACACACACACACACACACACACACACACACACACACACACACACACACACACACACACACACACACACACACACACACACACACAGACACACAGACACACACACACAGACCCUGGCCUUGAGAGACUCUGAGGGCAAAAUAGUAAAAGACAUUAUGAUGUUGUUGGCGUGUUGGCCAACCUCUCAUUCAAGGUUUUCCCACCGAGCCACCCCCUUCUAACUAUUUGUCUUUACCUCCUGUCCAUCAUUAUUACUAUCCAGAAGGAGGGAAUGAAGAGGUGAGAAAAAGGAUUAAGAAGAGGUUGGCAUUAACGGCUGGUCCAGAGAGAUCAGCAUUUGUUUGCCAUGUGUAUCUGAACCCACUGCUGUUGCUAAGCGACCUAGAACCCCUGGUUCACAGGAGAAAACCUGUUGUAGACCAUCCACAUAAACUUCUGUGACUUUUAAAAUCCCUAUGCAUUGUUAGAAUCGGAAUAACUUAUAACUUGGAAUCAUGCCACUACUUUCUGCCCUUGUCUGUUUUCACAGAUCUCUAUGGUUCUGUGUGUGAGUCUCCAUUGCUCUUUGAGAUUAGAAGCUACAGUUGAAGUCCUAAGUUUACAUACACUUAGGUUGGAGUCAUUAAAACUCGUUUUUCAACCACUCCACAAAUUUCUUGUUAACAAACUGUAGUUUUGGCAAGUUGGUUAGGACAUCUACUUUGUGCAUGACACAAGUAAUUUUUCCAACAAUUGUUUACAGACAGAUUAUUUCACUUAUAAUUCCUUGUAUCACAAUUCCAGUGGGUCAGAAGUGUACAUACUGUAACGGUCCUGACCUGUUUUAUGUUGUUUUUUGUAUGUGUUUAGGUCAGGGCAUGUGUUUUGGGUGGGCAGUCUAUGUUAUCUGUUUCUAUGUUGGUUUUGGUUGCCUGGUAUGGCUCUUAAUUAGAGGCAGGUGUUUUGCGUUCUCCUCUAAUUAAGAGUCAUAUUUAGGUAGGGUGUUCUCACUGUUUGUUUGUGGGUGAUUGUCUUCCGUAUCUGUGUUAUGUCUUGCACCAUACGGGACUGUUCGGUUGUUUGUUUCGUUUCGAUGUAGUCUGUUCCUGUCCGUAAGUGUUACGUUUAGUUAUGUAAGUUUAUGUUCAGGUUUCGUCUACUUCGUUUUCUUGUUUUGUAUUUUUGAAAGUGUUUUGUUUUUCGUGUAGCCAUCGUCGUUACAAAUAAAGAGAUGGCUUAUUUCCCUAAUGCUGCAUUUUGGUCUGAUGAUCCUUCUCUCCUCUCCUCGUCCGAGGAUGAGGAGAGAGACAGCCCUAACACAUACACUAAGUUGACUGUGCCUUUAAACAGCUUUGAAAAUUCCAGAAAAUUUAGAUGCUUCUGAUAGGCUAAUUGACAUCAUUUGAGUCAAUUGGAGGUGUACCUGUGGAUAUAUUUCAAGGCCUACCUUCAAACUCAGUGCCUCUUUGCUUGACAUCAUGGGAAAAUCAAAAGAAAUCAGCCAAGACCUCCACAAGUCUGGUUCAUCCUUGGGAGCAAUUUCCAAACCCCUGAAGGUACCACGUUCAUCUGUACAAACAAUAGUACGCAAGUAUAAACACCAUGGGACCACGCAGCCGUCAUACCGCUCAGGAAGGAGACAUGUUCUGUCUUCUAGAGAUGAACGUACUUUGGUGCGAAAAAUGCAAAUCAAUCCCAGAACUACAGCAAAGGACCUUGUGAAGAUGCUGGAGGAAACAGGUACAACAGUAUCUAUAUCCACAGUAAAACGAGUCCUAUAUCAACAUAACCUGAAAGGCCGCUCAGCAAGGAAUAAGCCACUGCUACAAAAACGCCAUAAAGAAGCCAGACUAUGGUUUGAAACUGCACAUGAGGACAAAGAUUGUACUUUUUGGAGAAGUGUCCUCUGGUCUGAUGAAACAAAAAUAGAACUGUUUGGCCAUAAUGACCAUCGUUAUGUUUGGAGAAAAAAGGGGUACGCUUGCAAGCCGAAGAACACCCUCCCGACCGUGAAGCACGAGGGUGGCAGCAUCAUGUUGUGGGGGUGCUUUGCUGCAGGAGGGACUGGUGCACUUCACAAAAUAGAUGGCAUCAUGAGGAAGGACAAUUAUGUGGAUAUAUUGGAGCAACAUCAAGACAUCAGUCAGGAAGUUCAUGCUUGGUCGCAAAUCGGUCUUCCAAAUGGACAAUGACACCAAGCAUAAUUCCAAAGUUGUGGCAAAAUGGCUUAAGGACAACAAAGUCAAGGUAUUGGAGUGGCCAUCACAAAGCCCUGACCUCAAUCCCAUUGAAAAUUUGUGGGUAGAACUGAAAAAGCGGGUGCAAGCAAGGAGGCUUACAAACCUGACUCAGUUACACCAGCUCUGUCAGGACGAAUGGGCCAAAAUUCACACAACUUAUUGUGGGAAGCUUGUGGAAGGCUACCCGAAACGUUUGACCCAAGUUAAAAAUUUGAUGGCAAUGCUACCAAAUACUAAUUGAGUGUACGUAAACUUCUGACCCAAUGGGAAUAUGAUGAAAGAAAUAAAAGCUGAAAUAAAUAAUUAUCUCUACUAUUAUUCUGACAUUUCACAUUCUUAAAAUAAAGUUGUGAUCCUAACUGAGAUAAAACAGGGAAUUUUUACUGGAAUUAAAUGUCAGGAAUUGUGAAAAACUGAGUUUAAAUGUAUUUGGCUAAGGUGUAUGUGAACUUCCGACUUCAACUGUAUGUAGCUAUAGUACAUAAAGCAAGAUAUAUAGAGUGGAAGUCUAGGUAGGUCUGUGAGCAGGUCACACAGCUGGAGUCAUAUAUUGUAAAUGAAUGUGCCCUCUGCAGUGCUUCUCCUUGCUGCUCCACUGAUACGACCCAAGUGGGAGUAGAGGGCACAGAGAUAAAUCACACAUGUAUCUAUCCCUAUGGUAGAGGACUAUGUCUAGUCAGUUCGCUGCAGUCCUCCACUCUCUGGCUUGACAGAGAAACAAGAGAGAGAGAGGCCCAAACAGCAGGGCCAGGCCAGUAUCUGGAAAAGUGUGGCUGCCCAUAGAGCAGUGGUAAGAUAGAGAGUACUGUACUGUACAUGCACAAAGCAAAGCACACCAGAGCAGACCAGACCUUGACUGUCAAGCAAGGGAGUGACUAGUUCACAAUCAAGACUGACUUCAGGGUUGAGGGCAAAAAUCAAACUGUUGGUACAGUGUCAGUAAAAAAUAUAUGACAUUACAGUGUCACACCGAAAAGCUGAAAACAAAGCGCACACGUUUUUCAAUCACUAUCCAGAUGAGAGCACUAAUUAUUGUUCCACUGUGAUCUAAACUAGAGAAUGGUUAGGUAGCUACAGUGAUAACGCUUGUCCCAGGUAGGCUUACCACACUGUUUUGUUCUAACAGUGUUCAAUCUUGUCAUAAUAAUGACUAUAUCCUUCCACCACCUUGUCUGGGAUGACCAUGACUAUAUAAUUGAUAAACUAAUGUUUCAGUGCCAUACAUGCUCAGAUUCCUAAACUAAGACAACAUUAUUUGCCAGCUUAUUUGCUUGGCAUGCCAUAUUUAUGUUUACAAUUAUAGAUAUUUAUCUGUCGGUAGAAGUUGAGAGAAAGACUGAGGGCAAGGUGUUUUCUCUUAUUUGUGAGACAUAAGUAACUGGUUCAGGUAGUGUAGUGUACGUAUGUAAUGAAUACUGUAUUGCAAAAUUGUACUUAUAAUUUUUUAAGCAAAAUUAGAAUUAUUAACAUGUCAUGCAGUAGCCAAUAGAUGUGAAUAUGUGCCAUGUUUUACAAUUACACUUAUUUCUAUGGGGAUACAUUCGAGUUAUAUUGCAAAAAUGUACACAUCCCCACUUCAUCUGCCUGUCCUGACAGUAUGGACAAUACCCAACAUAGAGAUUCAAUAUUAUGUGAAGCCAUAGAUCUCUACACAUAUCAGUGAUCUGCUUCACAGCAUAUUGGAUCAUCAUUAAAGGCAAUGUCCUUUCUCUUACUGUUUACCUUCGCUUAAACCUCAUAGCAGUAAUGCCAGCACGUUUCGUGUAUACUGUACGUAAAUUAUUGUAAAUACAAAACAUGAAAUGUGUACAAAUGUUUAAUACACUGUUUAGAUAGAGGCUUCUAGCUGUAGCAAACCAAUAGGAAUAGCCAGACUUGACAGAUUAAUUGUUCUAGUGCUAUUUGUUCUUUUCUAAAUGAUAUAUUAUUAUUAGAUUAUAUUUACACUGUAAGUUCCGCUCCGCUUUGAGUUGAUACACUGUAAACUUGUAAAGUGAUAGUUUUCUUUAUAUCUUUCAGUACCAUUCAAACAUUUGACACACCUACUUAUUCAAGUUUUUUACAUUUUUAAAAACUAUUUUCUACAUUGUGGAAGAAUAGUGAAGACAUCAAAACUAUGAAAUAACACAUGGAAUCAUGUAGUAACCAAAAAAGUGUUAAACAAAUCGAAAUAUAUUUUAUAUUUGAGAUUCUUCAAAGUAGCCUCCCUUGAUGACAGCUUGGCAAACUCUUGGCAUUAUCUCAACUGAGAGGCCAGGUCAUCUGGCCUCCACAAUCAUCACUCUCCUUCUUGGUCAAAUAGCUCUUACACAGCCUGGAGGUGUGUUGGGUCAUUGUCCUGUUGAAAAACAAAUGGUAGUCCCACUAAGCGCAAACCAGAUGGCAUGGCGAAUCGCUGCAGAAUGCUGUGGUAGCCAUGCUGGUUAAGUGUGCCUUGAAUUCUAAAUUCAUCACUGACAGUGUCACCAGCAAAGCAUCAUCACACCUCCUCCUCCUUGCUUCUCGGUGGGAAACACCGAACACCGGAUCAUCCGUUCACCUACUAUGCGUCUCACAAAGACACAUCUGGCCAUGAUUGGGAGUCCCAUAGGGCGGCGCACAAUUGGCCCAGCAUCGUCUGGGUUUGGCCGGGGUAGGCCAUCAUUGUAAAUAAGAAUUUGUUCUUAACUGACUUGCCUAAUUAAAUACAAAAUUUAGCUCUGGGUCUUCCUUUCCUGUGGCGGUCCUCUUUAGAGCCAGUUUCAUCAUAGCGCCUGAGGGUUUUUGCGACUGCACUUGAAGAAAUGUUCAAAGUUCUUGAAAUUUUGCGGCUUGACUGACCUUCGUGUCUUAAAGUAAUGAUGGACUGUCAUUUCUCUUUGCUUAUUUGAGCUGUUCUUGCCAUAAUAUGGACUUAGUCUUUUACCAAAUAGGGCUAUCUUCUGUAUACCACCCCUACACAACAUAACUGAUUGGGUCAAACCCAUUAAGAUGUAAAGAAAUUCCACAAAUUAACUUUGAACAAGGCACACUUGUUAAUUGAAAUGACUACCUCAUGAAGCUGUUUGAGAGAAUGCCAAAGCUGUCAUCAACGCAAAGGGUGGCUAGUUUGAAGAAUCUCAAAUAUAAAAUAUAUUUUGAUUUGUUUAACACUUUUUUGGUUACUACAUGAUUCCAUAUGUGUUAUUUCAUAGUUUUGAUGUCUUCACAAUUAUUCUACAAGGUAGAAAAUAAUAAAAAUAAAUAAAAACCCUUGAAUGAGUAGGUGUGUCCAAACGUUUGACUGGUACUGUAUAUCAAGGAUUGAGAGUGUGAUCUGUUCACAGCUCAUCUUUUCAACUCAUCAACAGCACAGGCAUUUGUAUGGUCCCUUCCCCCACAAGAUGACAGUCUCAUAAGUCUUUAAUGACUCAAAAUGACAAAAGCACCGAGUUUAGACCGUUAAAUUCCAUCCAAAUAAGCACAUAAAUAGGUGUUUCAUAUUAUUUAUAAUAGAUAAAGAAAUGGUAUACUUGCUAGAUUGUGCUCUGAUAAUGUCUAAUAAUACUAAUAGUAUCAUUCCUGGUCUUACAUUGUUACAUUUUGUCUGUGUUUACUGCUUAGAAGUAUAACACUCACAAUAACACUGACAAACUGUCUCAGCAGCUGAAUUUAUAGAUGUUGAAAAGGAUUGGAAAAUGAAAACGGUACGUAUACUCUCAUGCCAGUCAGUGUAUUAAUUCCAGUGUAUGAUGUCAUACAACUGGGUUGUGCUGUGUGUAUUGUAAGGUGAAUAUACUAUAGAUGUGAUAGAUUGACUGAUGUUAUAGGAGCAAUAUUGAUUUUGUAUUUACUUCACUGUAUGGAUGUGUUUUCUCCUAAAUGUUGCCAGAUGAUGUCUCGUAAAGCUGAAUUCUUGCUAAUCAUCUCUGUUACAGUAAUUCCCGAUUCAAAGCUGUGAAAUCAUUUCUAGAUAUGUGUUUAAGGAUGUAAAUGGCAGCAAUUCUCUUUGAAUGAAUUGGCCCAUGCGUUUGACUUCAUAAUAAGACAGACACAGGUAUACAUAGAAACACACAGGGAAGGUAGGGAAGCAGACACAAACACAAAAGCACAGUCUCACAGACAGUGUGUAAUCAUAGUGAUGCCUUCUACUAAUCAUUUAAUUAAGUUAUAUUAUACAAUAGCAAUACAAGCCCUUUCCACUGCUUAGCUUGGACUGACACAAACUUAAUCUUUAAAAGUAACAUGCUUUUCAGCUUUUCUGAGACACACACACACACACACACACACACACACACACACACACACACACACACACACACACACACACACACACACACACACACACACACACACACACACACACACACACACACACACACACACACGCUCUCUCUCUUCUUGACACAUCUUAAUGCAAAAUACGCCUGUGAACAGUUUGAGAGUAGAAUUAUGUGUCUGAUUGUAAAUAUUUAAAUGGUAUUACAUAUGAUGUAAACACUGUGUAUAUUUAUGUAGGACACAUACAGUAUAUAUAUGACUAUGUGGACCUCUGUCACAGAGGAAACGUUUUAUUGAUAAAUAAAGUUUUAUCCUGCUCAUUCA